UAUAAUUUUUUAUCAAUAAUUCAAAAAAAAAAUCGUAUAAAAGCCCGAAUACGACACAGGAAAUUGUAGUUAUUAUUAACUGGUAACAACAUGAAAACCUUUAUUCUAACAGUCGCCAUCACGGCCGCCAUUUGUCUGGCUUUCAACGGCCAAGAAGCCACCGGAGCGCACAUUCCAAGAGUACCGGGCCCGCCUCAUUGCACCAACGCCACCGAAGGCAAACUCUACCCGGACCCGUACGAUUGCGGCAAGUACUACAUCUGCUCGGAGAGCGAAGCCGUCGAGAUGAACUGCUACCCGGGCACCUGGUUCAAUCCGGCCAACGGCGAAUGCGACUAUCCCAAGAACGUACCGUGCGUCGUCUCCGUCACCACCACGCAGGGUACCACCAGCAAACCGCCCAAGCACGAGGCCGAUCCCACUGUCACGCCUUCGGAAUAACCGAUCGCAAGAAACCAGUAGAAUAAAUCGAGCUUGUACAUAUCUGAUAUACUUUUAUUCUACCUAUACUAGCCACAAUAUAGUCCUGGAAGAUUAUACUACUAGAUGUUUACGAUCUAAUGCUGCUUCAGAGGCAAUAAACACUAUAGAUGUAGU